ACAGCCUAAUGGGAAAUAAUCACAACAGGUGUGUUCUCUUCUAUUCAUGUCUUACUUUUAACUGGAUUGGUGGACGUCACUCCCCAAAUAAUAUCACUCCCUGUGUCACCAGACAAGUUAAACUUCUUUCUUACACUCAGGUAUCUUCUGAAAUCUUGUACACAUGGUCUACAAAGGUCAACCUAAAAAGUGCAUGUAAAAUACAUUUGAAUCUCCAUUUCAUUAUGUGCCUUUACAUAAGUGAGCCCUCCUUUACUGUUCUAGGAAAACCAGAUAGGUCACAAGUGCCUUUGGGGAGGUGGGGGAGGUGGGAUCACAGGUUUCAGUGGGGUAGGAGGGGUCUAGUACUACUGCUGUUAUGUCAGAGAUUAGAGCAUUUAUAAAGCCAGUAAUCACAAUGCUUUUGUCAGUUUGUUCCAACCUGCAGUGCAGGAGAAGAAAAGGGAUGUUUCAUAUUUAAGGUGGAAAGGAAGCGUGCACACUUAGGACAUGAGGAGAGGGACAGCUCUUGCAGUGUUGGUGCUGGCACUUUUUUCAUCUGCUACAGCAAAGCCCAAAAGUCGCUUCACACGAUAUCCAUCAUGGAAUAUGAAAAUGUAUCCAGUCUGGAAAGAUGAAGAUCCUCGGUACAAAGACUUUUGGAAAGAGUUUGAAGAUAGGGCAAGUGGACAAUGCUGUGAUCAAGAUGGAUGAAUCUGAGGUUGAACGAAACGUAGUGGAUCUAACUGUCACCUGCCAAGGGAGCCUUCCCACAGAGGUGUGCACGGUGGUGUCUGAUGCAGACUGUUUUAUGCCCAUCCACACCAUGUGUAACACAGUGGCCCCCUCUAAUGAGUGCCAGCUGGUACUGCGUCACUUUUUCAAUGACUCCGGCAUCUUCUGUAUCAACGUGUCCAUGACCAACGAUGUCAGUCUGGCAGUCACCAGCGCCAAAUAUAGCAUGACCGUGGACGAUUCAAAGCCUACCUUCUGAUAUCCCUAUCGACGAAGAGGCCCAAAGGAUUUCCUCCACAGACGAAGAAGACAGUCUGUCCAAAUCCCUCCUGACCUCUUCCAAAUCAGUCUUCAAUGUCUCUGGCCUCGUUCCUACUCCUCCAGAGGGAAAGCCAAAGGUGAGGCUGCCAUGGCGCCCAGUGCUUCGCCGUAGAAAGGUUCCAGAGCAGCCCCCCAACAAGAUGCACAUUUACACAGUUCACAGGGAUGCUUUUCAUUUCCCAACUGAGACAAUGCAAUCGACCAGUCCAUCAUCACCCGAGGGAGACUUCUCAACUCCAGAGUCCCAGAGGCCAAGAGCGGUGGACAGCUCAGACAAGGAGUCUAUCUUUAAUAUAGACUCAUCCAAAAGACUCGUCGCAGAGAUAAUGCUGUCUGUUCGGGAGGACGUUGUUGAGGCAAAGCAGAGCGAAUUGGCCGCAAAUCUGGCUGUGCUGUCAUCUGACAAUGUGAUGCUCAACACUUUGGCUCAGAGUGGGACACCCCGCACCGAUUCCUGAACUGCCUCCAACACCUCUCCUCACAGCGAGAGUGAUAACUGAAGAGAGAUUCACAUGUUUACUUGGACAUACAUGAUAGAAGCAUUUGCUUACAUUAUUUUGAAUCGCAUUGAGCUAUUAAAGAAUGCAUUUAUUUUCUAAAAAAGACAAAAGGAUUUAUUUACACUAUGUAGUUUUUCUUAGAUGUUAGUGUUAAGUUAGGAACAUUAAAUUGAAAGUUAGGAGAGAGUAAUUAUACAUCUUUGCUCUGAAUGGUGACAUUGUUUAAACAGUCUCACAAUUUGACAAUAAAAUAUUAAUACACUUUUUUUUUUUACACUGUGACUUUUAUGGUUCUGAAGGGAGGAGAGGACAAAGCUGGAUGAAUUUAGGAGUCACAAGCGCCCCAGUAAUCCUU